CAAAAGUCAAAACUAAAUAUGAUUUUAUACUCCGUUUUCCGCAUUGUAUUCACAACGCGUAUAUGUAUAGUUUUAUAAUAUAAUUCUUCUAAUAUCAUUUUAAAUCGCAAAUCACAUGUAUCACAUUCAAAUUAAAUUUUCGAACAAAGAUCUAAACGAAUAGUAUUAUAGAAUUCUAUCAAGACAAAGCAGCUUUGAAGCCACAAACAUUCGAUAAUAACACGCAAGUCACUUUGUGUUUACAGAAAUUCAUAUAGCAUCAAUAACAGCGGACAAUUUUCAAAAAGAAGGUUGUAUCACGUUAGACGCGCAAACGUAGAGAUCGUUAAGAGAAUCAGAAUUCUUUUUCAGUAUUGAUCGGAUUAGUAUUUUAUAUUUAGACGCGACGAACUGAUUCACAUUGUUAUUGUACAUUUAUAAUUCUCAGUUUCUGAUUUGUUCACGUUGGACGAUUUCACCAUACGCAAAAGUGAUUUGACGUACGUAGUGAUACGAAGAACCUUCAUUACAUCGACAUUAAGCAACAAUGUAUAAGUACAUGUCGGUUUACAUCCGCCACCUGAAUUCAAUGAUACCAGCGAAAUAUGAUCGUGAAACGGACCCUGUCUUGUGCGUGGAUAAGUGGGAUCUUCUUGACAAGAUUCGGCAAACGUUAAUAUUAUCAUUUAAAGCAGCAAUUUUACAAAAACAAAAGAGGUUUACUGAGAUAGAGACAAAUGAUAUAGCGGGACCACUAGAAGACGGAAUGGAUAUAUUAUAUAAGAAAGUAAAUAAAGCAGAGUCAAAAUUAAACGAUGUUAUAGUUCUAGCAAUAUGUUACUGUAACAUGGGUGUACUGCGGAGUUGUCACGAAACAAAAGAGAAGUUAUUGCUACGUAAGAGUCAUUUGAAGAAAUCUUUAGAACUGUUAAACCGAAAAGAAUUGGAUCGCAGAGCCAUUUUGAUAGUUUUGAGGGCAUCUCUGCAAUUAGAAUGCGUUUAUCGCAAAUUGAAUGAACCAGAGAAAUUUUAUCCAUUCUCGCAUAAAGCGCUCGCGUUAUGUCACAAAUAUACCAAGUAUGGAGAAAAAUUUCCUGCGCCUAUCAAUAUACUCUGUGUUAGUCUUGAUAUUGAACCAGAAGGAUUUUAUCCAAACGCUAGGGUUUCCUUCGUGGCUCUGUAUAGAGAACUUUUAAAUCGUUUAAAGCCUGUAGAUGUAAUAGUGAAAUUUGGCUCCAAUUUACGUGAUGCAUAUACCCUUAUAAAUAUUAUGCAGAAGUUUUUAAUGCGUCAGUUAGUAAUGGUAAUGACGAAUCCAGUGAAAACAGGUUUGGCAUGGGUUCGUGCUGCAUGUGAAUUGUCUAAGUCCUUUCUGCGCUUUCGCCUUUCCUUCACUGAAGCAGAAAAUUGUCUUGCUUCUGCACAAUAUAUGCUAGAACUAUAUAACAAAAAAGUUGAUAAAGCCGAAACAUCUGAUCGCUCUAAAGAUUUUCAUGAUGCAUGUUAUUAUGAACUAAAAGCGAGUGUAGCUUCAUUGUGGGGUGAGUAUGGCAAUCGACUGUUAUUCUUAUCGAAAUAUAACAUGACAAAUGUUAGACCUGGUAGAAGUAUCCCAAUUGAUAAAGCAACUAAAUCUAUAUCAAUGUCUUCUACAACGCCUAUAUAAUCUUUGACACUGGAGAAAAAUCUAAAAAUUAUCCAUAAGUAUACCAACCAAGUCACUGAUACAUAUGUGACAACUCGCGACGAUGCUAUCUCAGUUUUCUUACAUU